GCGUCCGCAUCUUGUUAGUAUGCAAAAAUAUUAGCCCCUACUCCUACCUAUACCAGCUGACACAGAAGGAGUAUUGACUGAUAUGUUUUCUAUAAAUACUUACCAGAUGCAGACGCCUGUGCAUGUAUUUUACUUGUGUAUUAACACGUGCCAAACUAGCAUGCAGGUAUUACGCAGCAUGUAUCAAUGCACAUGACACAUGUACACUGGUAUUUAGUUAUUCGGCGUUGUUUACAAGUAUACAGCACACCAUAGUAUGCCAUAUAACAUACAACAUGAGAUGGUCAUUUAUUGCACGAACCAAGAUCUGUAAUUGUAUCAAAAAUGUACCAGCUGGAAUGUCUUCCAAUGGGAAGUCGUCCUUAGGGACGCAUGGUCAGCGUGUCUCCACUGGGGAUGAUAACACCGACCUGACAGUGUUUGAGAACCAGCUGACUAUUCUUCACGAACAGUUGGUGACUGUAAUGAUUGAAAACCAAGAGUUAAAUUCCAAACUACGGGAAUAUGACGAUGAAAAGUCAAUGCAAAGGCUUCGACUGGAGAUCGACAUCGAGAGAAAACGUUAUCGAGAGUUGGAGGACAAAUACUCUUCCUUGGUGACAAAGUCGGCCAGAGAUCACCAUAUACAACGAACUCGUGCCGGAAGUGGAUGUGAAUCCAAUUCUAGAAAGACACUAGAAGUAGCUGAGGAUGCAACGAAGGUGGCAGAGAAAGAGGAAAAAGAGAGCACAGUUCAGAGAAGACACAAAUUUCUCCCUGGCGCCAUGGACAGGACGUGGAAUCGAAUGUUACUGUUUGUGUACGAGACGAUGGAUGACUUCACAGAGGAAUUACCAGAGGGCACGGAGGAGGAGCAGUCAGAUGGCGAUCCCCUGACAGUGAAAACUUUGAAAGAAAAUAUCAACAGAUUUGGUAGCGCUCUGAAGCCUUACAUAAGUACCAUAAAAGGUGUUAACAAUUUACUGGCAUGGAAAUCUCCAUCUUACACAAUACUCGUAUUUAUGAUAUACAUGUACACCGUAUGGAAAGGCUGGCUGCUCCCCGUUGUCGUCGUACUCCUACUCGUCAGACUGUUCAUCACCUACCUACAACAUCACGGCUUCAAGUUAAAUUUUAACUACUUUGAUCCUGGCCGGGAGUCUGAAAAGCCGGAGGAGAACUUGGGAAUAUCCGACAAGUUUAAUCUGGUGUUGCAAGUAGCAAGGAAAGUUCAGAAUGGUCUGAAAGGCGCUGCUGAUAGUCUCGAAAAAAUUAAAAGCUUACUGACGUGGCGACACCCAGCUACACGACAAUUGUUCUCCGGUCUGAUGUUUGUCUUCAUAAUGACCUGCUUCGUACCGUCCACGUAUCUCUUAACCAUUGGAGGAUUAAUGUUUGGAGUGAAGUUAUUCAUCGUUAACUACUUCUACAAUAAGUAUCCUCGACUUCAGCAAAAGUAUGACUCCGCAUUAAAGACGUGGAAAUCCCUACCAACUGACGAACAGUAUCAACAGGAGUGUAUGAAGACGGAAUUAAACAAAUACGUAUUUGUUGAAACCAAAGGUGAAUUAGAAGACUGUGGCUCAGAAGUUAUCACUAACCAGGACAGGCAAUUCUGUGAACUGUUCACACUCCCUCCAGCAGAGUCCCCUUUAUCAGGCUGGAAAGGUGGUCGACGUUGUGCGCUGAUAAAUAAAGAAAAGACAUUUGCAUCAAGAUUGAAGAACGGCAAGAUAUAUCUUACAAAAAGUUUUAUCUGUUUUGAAAGAAAAACAUCCCCGUCACCGAAAAAUAUAGUCAUCCCAUUAGCAGAUAUUGUCAAAUUUCAAAAGUGCAAACCAUACAGUUUUCUUCCUGGGAAUGGAAUGGCGUUGGAAAUAGUGGUAUUUGGCAACAAGACAUUCAUCUUCGGUGGUAUUCUCAAUAGAGACGAAGCGUAUGACCAUAUCAUGGAAACAGGGCUUGAAAAUAUGUUACCAUGGGCAACUGGCGAGCCAUUGAUUAUAGACCAAGAUGAUCCGAGUGUGUCAUCAUCCACAACACUUAGAAAAAGAAAUAGCGGCAGUCAAAAAUUCCGGAAUUUUAGCCUGGCUUCAGAGUAUAAAGACUCUGAUUAAAUAUUGAAUAGACCAAUAAUGUUUAUAGGAGGUUUGACAUAAUCAUUAACAAUAAUAGGUCGUUGAAUGGAUACAUACCAGUGUGUGUGCACCAUUACAAAGUGCGUGCGAACUUUCGGUGCUUACCAGUAACUGAAUGUAAAAGUUAGUUUUAUAUGUAACAUUUCUCAACCGAAGUGCACAUUCCAUGAAUAUUUUGCCUUUUCAAAAAUCAUUUAUUUUUAUAUUUUGCAUUCGUGUUUAAAAAUACUGUCAGAUGUAUAUUUGGUUACCGUAUGUUUCUCAGUGCUUAACAAUAACUGAAUGUAAAUGUUAGUUUCAUAUGUAGCAUUUCUCAACAGAGGUUCACAUUACACUAAGAUGUUACAUUUUUAUUUUUUUAAUGUUUUGUAUUCUAUGUGUUAAAAUGCUUUUGUCCAUUUAUGUGUCGUGUAACUGACUGUAGUGUUGAUGUUCUAACAUAGUGACGCAAUGUAUCGAUUGUAUGCAAGUGUGAUUCAGUUCGAUACAUAUGUGAUUGCAUAACCACUGUUUUGUUACUGAAAUACAAAAAUAAUGUAUAGAAUAUUAAAUAGUGUUUUCAUUAAUAUCAAUUAUACUUUGGAGAAAGCAGAUAUUUUUUAUCUUUCGUCCGAGGGAAAGAUUAUAACACGUAAGUCACACUGAUGAAUAACCUUGACAACAAACACACGUAAUAUUUGUAAUGAAAGAAGCACGUUAUAAGAUAUUCGAUUUCAUUAAAUAUUUUGACCUUAAAUUCAUCUUAAGACUCCACACGCCCUGUAUCCAUUGGCAGUUGGCACUUUUUACUUAUUUGUUUGUGGAAAAACACAGUAAAAGAUAAACUUUCACCAGGAUGUGAAUUCUCUAUAUCCAGCCGGUAAACGUAAUUGAUGAUUUUCCUUUGGUUGAUUUCAACUAGUAAUAAUUCCUCACUUUUCUGUCUGGAAUAUAUCGUAUUCUAACAACUACGCAUUUAAACAUUUACGUAUCUGAAAUGAUCCCCAGACCUUAUACCUUUUUAGAAAAAAUCUAGCAUUUAGCUAUUUUCAGAAUAAACAAACUUAAUCAAACAUGCUCGGUAGAAAUGCCAAAGGCAGGGCUGGAACAUAACACUGUUGUUUUCUGAGAUGGCGUGAAGCGUAUCAAAUAUUACACAUCGAAAACUGUUGUAGUAAUGUUAUCGAUAUAACUGUUUACAUGCAUUCUGAAUAAUGGAAGAUUUAUUUAUAGAAAUUAAGGUUUGUCUUAUCUGUGUGUCUUUCUUUGGUAGUGUUUGAUUCCAUGCACCGUUGACGUUCAGCGAAUUAGAGUUUAGAGUAUAAUGCUGUUUCGUAUUCAAUUAAAGCAAAAUACCUCGUCAAGCAAUCAUAUCAUCAGGAGCUCCAGAAGGUAAACGUGUGUCGUACAAUUGUGAAUUAUUCGUGUUUACGUCAAUGUUGUGUAAUAAGCCAAUAUCGGUAUCAGUCGUAUGUCCAUGUAAGGCAUUUAUUAUAUUUCAAACAUAUUAAUAAAGAUUAUAUUUUCCAUUUUA